GCAGUGCUGGUUCUCUGUAGCAGGAGACAAGUCGAGAGUCGCUGGACUGAAGCCUGCACUGCAGGGUCGUCAACAUGGGCGCUGUUGUCUCUCGUUGGACGACUAAGCCGUCCACUGUGGAGGCUUUAGAAGGGAUCGACAAGGAUAUACAGACGCUUGAGGAAUAUAGUGAGAAGUAUCAGAGGCAGCUGAAGAUAUGGGUCGGCCGAUUGCUUUUUUACUCGUCUCUUCUCUACCUGAUCACAUGUGUUGUUGUGUAUUUCUGGUACCUGCCUGAACAAGUGAUGGGGCGGUUCAUAUUGUGUCUUCCGUUUGUAGUAUUUCCGUUGUUAGUGUGUUUACUUCGAAAGAUGCUCAUUGUUGUUUUUUCAUGGAGAACUGAAAAAAACAAUGAAAAAUUAGAGCAACUUAAAGGACAAAAAAGGAAAAUACUUGAAGAUGUUAUGGAGACUGAAACGUAUAAAAAUGCUAAAAUGAUCCUGGAGAGAUUUGAUCCUGACUCCAAGAGAGCGGCUGAGCUGGAAUCCACUCCAGUUGUAUCUCCAAUGACUCCAAAACCGGGACAAGAACUUCGCCACCGUAAUGUCAUUCCAAAGACCUCUACAGCAGCACCGAAUUCUGCCAAUGGUGCUGCAGCCCGUCCCCCACUUGCUUUGGGGCCCACCUACCCUGGACGAUCCCCGCACUCAGCUCCAGGCGGACCCCCAGAGAGGAGCCUGUCGGCUGUAGCUGCUCAGCAGAGCUUGAUGAGGAGGCCCAUGACCCCUGGCACACCUGUUCCAGGAGCCGGGAUGCACCCGCCAGGCCCGCCCCUGGCCAGACCUGUGCUCCCAAGGGACAGAGGCGCUUUGGACAGGGUCAUUGAGUAUCUUGUUGGAGAUGGCCCUCAGAACAGAUAUGCUCUCAUAUGCCAGCAGUGUCUCUCCCAUAACGGCAUGGCAUUAAAGGAGGAAUUUGAAUACGUUGCCUUCCGAUGUGCAUAUUGUUAUUUCCUGAAUCCUGCAAGAAAGACCAGACCCCAGGCCCCCAGACUCCCUGAGAUCACCGGUGAGCAGGAGAUAUCGUCUGAGGCUCCCUCAUCAUCAUCAUCUGGUCCUGAUGCAGGUGAUGACCAAGCUGUUUUAGGAAAGAACAAGCUGUCUGACUCCCCUGCUGAAGCAGAGGCGUUAGAUUCAGGGACUGCAGCUGCAGACAGCAGCCCUGAAUCAGACGAGCAAGGUGGUCCAGGGUCUCAGGACCUUACCACAGAGAAGUCUGAUGCAGAGCAGGAUGUUUCUGCCAUGGAAGUGGAAUAAAAAGUCAUGUCAACACACGUCAUGCUGGAGCUUUAUUUUUAACUGUGUAGGAACAUGUUGAUGGAUUUGUUUUACAUUUGAAUAGCACAUCUAGCUCAUCUAGCAAGCCGACAGGUAGCACUGUUUUCAGAUCGCAAGAAGUCUCUUCUUUGCAAAAUUGCUUUUAUGGUCUGAGCAAUAGUAUAGACUAUGAAAGCUAUAGGUUUACCUCUCCUCGAUGGCCAACCCCCACAUUGUUUACAUGUCCAGCCCAUUUUCAUAGCAGAAAUCAAGGGGAAACGUGUCGAUUUACAUGUCAAAAGCAUUUAUUUUGUGUGUGUUAAUAUCAUAGUAUGGGAAAAGUCCCGUUCUACAACCUCGCUGUUAUUUUCCGAGUUACCUGGCUGAAUGUAUAGUAUAAUAUAGUAUUUGUGUUGAGAACUGCAAAGAGCAUCCUGUCUCUUCAGAGAUUAUAUUUGUAUGUAGAGUGAAAAGUAUUUAUAGAUAUUUUCUACAAUGCUGUGCCUUUCAUGACAGUAUUGAAUAAGCGGGAUACUUCCUCGCACAGUAGCGCUAGCAAUAUGUUUACACAUUUCAUGGUACCGUUGUAGGAAAGCAGGUUUCUAUUUAUUUAGGAGAAGGGGAAAAUGUCUGUCGGUAGUUCGCACCCGUCUGUGCCCCUUUUAUAUUUACAGGCCACGAUACAGAUGAAAUAUUUUGAGCAAAUGUGGCAGGGAAAUUGUGACCAACCUUAUUUCUGUCCGAAAAUUUUUUUCCCCCCUCCUUUUAUUACUGUUACGGUUAUUUCAGUCACCACCACUGUGCUGCGUUUUUAUUUUGUCCCCUUUUCCACCGCUGUGAAUAUUACCUUUGUGUCAUCGCCUACAUAGCUCGGUUGAAGUAAAGGUAUUGGUUUGCUCAGCAUGUGAUUGGAGAUUUUGCCUGAAUGUAAUAUUGAAUAAAAAAUUUUUAAAA